AUGUUCAGUGAUUAUUUGGAGACUUUCUCACGACCUUGCCCUUCAGUUUGUUACCUUCCUAGGCAGAAAAAGGUAUUCAAUGGAUUUGUGAUUGUCAAUCGGGCAACCCUUAGUUCAAUCGGGGAAUUUCCCAAGGUUCGACUUCAGGUUGAGUCCAAUAACUGGUGCCUACGCGAGGCAAUGAACCCUGGAUUUGCCCUGGACUGUGUUCUUCAGGGGCAGCCACAGGGCAUAGACAGGAAUGGGGGAUUAACACAGCCUCGCAUUCUGCAGAAAUACUCUGUCCGUGAACAGUCAACGUACUUUUCAAAGCAGCUAAGUUUUGUCCCUGAGGCUUAUUGUCUUCGCUUUCACUGGAUGUCCACAAAGGGAUCCCGUAAACCCAGGGGCUACGCAUUGCUAGUGAAUACUUCUCAAGGUUCGAUCGCCCGUCACUCGUCAAAUAUUCCGGAGGGCCAGGAUACUGUAACCGGGCAAUUAGGAGGUUGA